AUGAGUGCAAAGUUUUUUAUAUACGCAGGCCGUCGUUGGCGCGAGUUAGAAACAGAAAGCGGACGCUUAUCAGGUUGGGGUCGUGCUAAGUUUGUAUUCUUACGACGCGGGCGACUGGUCGUAGCGCGUCGCUGUGCUGUACUUCGCGCGUUGCGAGCUUUGGCAACUGGCCGUGGCAAUGCCGCACGAGACGGUUUGGCGUUAAGUAAAUAUGUACCACCUGCAGUAGCCAAUGAGAAGAAAAAAGACAAAAGUCCUGCUCCUGUCUCAUGCAAGGAGUGCCAACGUCAUCAUGAGCAUGUUGUCCUCCCACAACAUUGCACCCAGUGUAUGAACAAUGCGAGAUUUGAUAGGCUAGUAAAUCUUAACACAAGUACAGUGGGGACUCAAUGUGUAGCAACAGCAAACGCCAGCGUGCAAGUCACGCAGUCUCCCACCAACCGCCGUCAAUCAGUGAACAGCAGUGAUGAUAAAAUGGCACUAUCAAGAAUUGCAUCACUACCCAAAAGAAAUAAAAGAGGCAAAUUUGUAAAAACACAAUCGCACUUAAACAAAAAAUCUGCAGACACCACAAGAUUCACAGAAAAUACUUUAGAAGUACAAACGAACAAACCCACGAUCACCCAUAGCAAACAGCAAAGCGUUGAUAUUCCUCAGAACAAAAGUUUGAUCAAUAAAAAACGCAAACGUUCACCAAGCUCUAGUAGCACAUCUACUAAAGUCACUUAUAGCGAAAAAGAGUCAGCGGAUGCGGUUAAAGAAUUAGUCAUAGAGGAGAAAGACGUAGAACUUUUGCGUAGAUUCCUGCUUAAGAAUAAUUUUGGUGUUGAUGUGGAGCAAUUUGACAAGAGCGAGGCUUACAAGGAGAAAGUGUUCUAUAGCAUCAAUCCACUGGUCGUCAUCGAGCGCUGCCCCCGUGUCAAGCAAAUGCUUACAGAGCAGCAGAAUCCGGCAAAUGGAGUGUCAAUCAAACAAUUCAUGACGGUCCUCGGGUUGCAGACUGUUGAAGAACGAAACUCACAGAAACUGAGGUACAAGACCAGAUCGAGAGUUUCACAGAUAAUCAACUCAAUGUCCCACAAAGAUGUAUUUAUGAGUGAAAAUAAUAAAGAGAACGAGUCUGUUCCAAAGAAAGCUGAACAUAAAGCGGAGAAGAAGCCAUCUAAAGUGCUGAGAGAGGAUAACGUUAGGUUGAAUCAUUUGAAAUCAGUGUCACAAGAAAUUAAGAAAGGUCCGCCUUUGAGUAGGGCUCGAAUAUCGAGUCCUCGAGGCGAAGCUCCCCGACCUCGUUUGUUGGCGGAUAAAGUGGUGGUGGUAAGCAGUAGUAGCAGUAGCAGCAGUUCUGAAGGCAAGGCAUUCCAGGCGCCGCCUUCAGCCGCGCCUUCCAGGCCGACGCGUGUGAAGAGCGGCCGCGGUGGCAGCAGUGGCGGUGGCAAGGUACGAGGAGGCCGUGGCACCGGCGCCCGCGAGUACUCCGCUCUGGAGGACGCGGCUAUCGUGUCGUGGAUACGUACAGGGAAUCGGGCGCGCCUCGUCAAUGGAAACAGAUUGUGGCGCGAACUGCAGUCUGAAUACACCGCGCGCACAGGCACCGUGCGGUCGUGGCACUCGCUGCGCAACCGCUACCUGCGCUACCUGCUGCCCGCGCUGCAGCGCCUCGCGCUCCCGCACGACGCCGCGCGCCUUCGUGCCGCCGCCGCCACCGGCGAGCUGAAGUCUCGCAAGGUGCAGAGUCAGAAUUCCAUGCUGGUAUUACCGCCCGUGCGGAGCGCGUGGGCGCGCCGCCGCCACUCGCGCCGCGCCACCACCACCAGCCCCGCGCCCACCGGCAGCGCGGGCCCCACGCGAUCGCUCCGCCAGCCGCGGCCCAACGCCUCCACUCCGAAGAACGCAGAAAAGUCUACGCGCCCGCAACGCACGCCUACGUACUCAGAGCUGACGCGUCACUUCGCCAACGCAAACGACGACAAUUCAUCCGAUGACUUUGAAAGCACUGAAGCUAGCGCGCCCCACCGCAAACGCAGAUCUCCCUUCCACCGCCUCCGUGACCGCGCCACGCCACAAAGUGUCCCAGCAGCCGAGUCCAGGAGCCAACGGUACACCAGACGGUCCACCAGAAACAAUACAGACAAAGAACCCUCGCCAGAUCACAGCCUGAAAGAAGAUGCUCCCAAGAAGAGGAGACGGCUGUACAACCCCAAGACUGCAUUUUAA